AUGCGUGAGAAGGUUGUGCCGAUCCCCUUCCUGGGGAAGGAGGUCUCUGCGUGGCUCUACCGCACGACACGGUGGGUGCGAGAACACCCGUACCGCGCCGGCGGCAUCGUGUUUGCCGCGGCCGCGGGUACCGUCCUGUACGAAGUCAACGUGACGCACAAGAACCGCAUUCCGUCACCUAACAUCAACAAUCACCUCGAGUACGAACUCCGACAGGGGCCUGCGUUUGCAACGGCGGUAGAAGGAGAUACGGCGGCGGUAGCAGCGACAACGACGUCGCGGCAAGUGGGUGUUCCCGAUGCGAAGAGGCAGUCACUUAGUGACGAGGUGCGGAAACACAACAUGGCGGUGAUGGGACGCGUGGAGGAGAUAGAGCGGCUUCUCGUCACGACAGAAGAUCCCGAGAAGCGAACAGAGUUGCAGCGCAUCAUUGAUGAGGAAAAAGAGUCAUUAAAGAAGCAUGGAAAUACGACUAUGAAGGUGACGAGUGGACAACUCUAUGUUCGCGAACCACAUUGGAACAUUCGCAACAAUGAGCGUAAUUGGUCUAUUUUGGCGCGAGACCAGCAGCAACAGAAGGAUCAUUAUUGGUACCGACUCGAGCGAAGUCGUGAGGAUGACUUCGCAAGGAACACAUACUCCCGUUCCUGA